UCUUGUGGAUUUGCUUGUCCGUAUAGGAUUGAACGUUAAUGCGCAUGAGCCAAUGGCUUGUACAUCCAGCAGCACUAUUGCACCGUUGGAGGGACGCUCCUGGAGCGCCAAAGAAGCUGCAGCCCCGCCUCAUGCGCCUCCGAGCUGCAGCCGGGGCCAAGGGAGGGAGGCGGUGUUUUCGGGCAGGCCCUGCCUCCUGGCUCCACGCACUUGUGCCACCGAGCUUCAGCCGCGCCUCCUUCCUCGCCUGGCCUGGGGAAGCGGCUGAUCCACCGCGGCUUCCUCGCCGUUUGCAGGGCCCAGCUGCUGCAACCUCCUCGGCGGCGGCACAUCAUGGGCGACGGAGACAAAGCAGAGAUUGAUGGCGGCAUCAUGGAAGGGGGUGGCCAGAUCCUUCGUGUUACCACAGCCCUGAGCUGCCUCCUCAGAAAGCCUUUGCAAGUGAAAAAUAUCAGAGCUGGCAGGAGUCAACCUGGUCUUAGGCCUCAGCAUCUGUCAGGACUGGAGAUGGUUCAACACUUGUGUGAUGGGCAGCUGGAAGGUGGAAAAAUCGGGUCCACAGAAAUCACUUUCACUCCAGGCAAGAUCAAGGGUGGAAAUCAUGUAGCAGACACCAAAACAGCAGGGAGUGUUUGUCUGCUAAUGCAGGUAGCAAUGCCUUGCGUGCUGUUUGCAGACUCUCCUUCAGAGCUUCAUUUGAAAGGUGGUACUAAUGCAGAAAUGGCCCCCCAGAUUGACUAUACAGUGAUGGUCUUCAAGCCAAUAAUUGAGAAGUUCAAUUUGACAUUGGUCUGUGAUAUUAAAAAGAGGGGUUAUUACCCGAGGGGAGGUGGCGAAGUGAUAGUCCGAAUGUCGCCCGUUAAACAGCUAAGCCCAAUCAAUUUAAUAGACCGUGGCACCGUGACCAAGAUACAUGGACGAGCCUUUGUGGCUGGAGCCUUGCCAAUUAGAUUAGCAAAAGAAAUGUCAUCGGCAGCGGUGAGGUGUAUCAGAAAGGAAAUCCGGGAUCUCUAUGUCAACAUUCAGGCUGUUCAAGAACCUGAGAGUGAGGCCUUUGGAACUGGAAGUGGAAUAAUCAUUGUUGCAGAGACUUCUACAGGCUGUUUACUGGCUGGCUCAUCACUCGGUAAAAGAGGUAAAAACUCUGACAAAGUCGGGAUUGAAGCUGCUGAGAUGUUACUUGGAAACCUACGACAUGGAGGAGCUGUGGAUGAUUAUCUGCAGGACCAACUAAUAAUUUUCAUGGCUUUAGCAAAUGGGGUCUCUAGAGUGAAAACUGGACCCAUUACCCUUCAUACACAAACUGCUAUACACUUUGCAGAACAGUUGACAAAGGCCAAGUUUACAGUGACAAAAUCAGAAGAAGAAGAAUCUCCCAAGGAUGCUUACAUUAUUGAGUGCCAAGGAAUUGGGUUUCUAAAUGCCAGCUUGUAGCAUUUCUUCUUCUAUAAAAAAGAUGACCUCAGUGAUGAAUUGCACUACAUUUCAACUGACACAGUUGCGGGGGGAAAUGGGAGUCCUGACGAGUCGUCUGAACUAAUUCCUAUGAAGUAUGGCUAUUUUGGGAAGAUGGGAGAAAAACUCAUCACAUUUUCUUUGGGUAAAAACACAAGUACAAAGGACAAGGUGAAGUUUUAAAAAAAUCAGAGCAUCUGUUAACUACAGAUACAGAAGAACCGGGUGGGGGGGGGAAGAUUAUUUCAGCUUUUAAAAAUGAUUCCACCAUCCCCUUUAUCCCCUGUGAGCUUAUCACAUGAAAUGCUAUGUGUGCAUUUACAAAAGAAUGUGUACAAAAAACAUCAACGGUUACUCCUUACAUUGUUAAUGUCUGUAGCUAUUUGUUACUCCAUUUCAGACAAAAUAAUAAAGCCAUCUCAGUAAGUGAA